UUUUAAAGUCCGGCCAGAGGAUGAUUUAAUGUGACCUCUUUGAAAAGGGUGUGUCCCUUCCUAUAUUAUUUAAACUCUCCUCUACUAAGAUAUACAUUCAGUCCUGAAAAUGGCCCUGGGUUUUUUGGUGUUCUUUCUGUUUGCAGGGUCUAGUUUAGAGCUGGAAACCACACAGGCAUUGAAUGUGUCUAAAAAAUGUGAGGAGGACACCAACGCUUUCCUCUGGGAACUAAACCAGGAGAGACCACGGGAAUACGCUGUCCGCAUGUAUGAUGCGUUUGGAAAGAUGGGCAGCAAUGUAGAAGGAGGUAAUGUCAACCAGCCGGGCUCACGGCAGCAGUGUCAGUCUGCCAAUGGCUCCACCUUCUCUGGACAGUACUGCCAGGUGUUUCUUCAGCAGGAAACAGUCCACUAUUUUGUGGGUAUUUGUGUUCCUGACUCCUGCAGGGAAGAGGAUGUGGAAAUGCUGGUGCUAUACGGGAGACUUCAGAUUGGUCAGACGUCCCUCAUUCCUCCUUUUCCUUCCAUCCUGGUCAAUCAGACCGCUCAGGCCCUGUUGAUGACCCACUGUUUGUCCAACACCAUUUCCCCAGAUGCAUUAGAUGUCACCUGCCUGUUUGUGUGUUGCGUGAUGGUCGCGAUUCCUCUUGCCGCCACCCUGCUCACCGCUAUAAUAAGGUGGAAAAGGAACAGGGAGGUCAGUCCGUCUCUUGAGUCGUCCUCUAUAAACACUGGCCUCAACCUUUAUGGGACCCUGAAGAUCAAUGGCUCCUCUGGCAGUGAAAGGAACAGUGGCACCUCAGAGGAAAAGGAUAUCACCAGCCACACACUACUGUGUUUUCCUCGAAGCUGUGUGAACUGGGGCCUGCAGGCAUUUUCUCUCCAGAUUACCAGCCUCGGUGUCCUGAGCACCUCCUCAUCCAUCCCAGGAGGAGGCUACUCCUCCCUGAACGGCAUCCGUGUCCUCAGCCUGUUCUGGAUCAUGUGUGGCCACUCCACCCAGUUUUCUGUCAUAUACAACCUGGAUAACAAGAAACAUUGGGAGAAAGCGGUAAAGAGCAGCCCUCUCUAUGUGAUUGCCUUUGCUGGACCCGUUUUUCUGGCUGUUGACAGCUUUUUGCUGCUGGGGGGUCUGCUCAGUGCCAGGUCUCUGCUAAACUCCAUCAACAGGGCUGAUGGCAAACUGAGCAUCUCUUUGGUGGCCAGCUACCUCUUCAACAGGAUUAAAAGGAUUCAGCCACUGCAUCUGUUCAUCCUGUGUUUCACCACUGGUCUCACCUCUUUAGUACGGGGGGGGCCCUACUGGUUCCAAAUCAUGGAGACAAUGGCGGACUGUAAGACGUACUGGUGGGGGAACGUCCUGUUGAUUAUCAAUCUCCUCACAUCCUCACAGCCGUGCAUCCCUUGGGCAUGGUACUUGUCUCUUGACUUCCAGUGUUAUGCCACCACUCCACUGUUGCUCUAUUUUUACAAAUUGAACAGAGGUGUGUUUGCGGCUGUGGCAGGAGGCCUGAUGCUGAUGACCAUUGCUUCUGGUGCCAUUACGACUGCGCUCCUGCAGCUGCCGGUCUUCCUGCCAUCUUCGGUGUUCCAUUUGAAUUAUGGCUUACAUUACUAUGUGAAACCCUACACAAGAUAUGGGCCAUUUUUAAUAGGGAUCUUGACUGGAAUAUACUUGACGACAAAGAAAGAUCAGGUCCUAAAGCAGAAGUGGCAGGCAGCACUUGGUUGGUUCUGCUGUCUUUCACUUAUGGCUGUGGUGGUUGGAUUAGCCUACGUCCUACAGGAGGAGCCAACCUCUCUGUCUUUGCCACAUGCCCUCUAUCAAGGACUGCACAGACCCCUCUGGGCUUUGGCUGUGACCUGGAUCAUAGUGGCCUGCGAGGAAGGUUAUGGAGGUUUUAUCAAGAGCUUCUUGUCAUUGGGUUUCUGGCUUCCACUUUCCAACAUUAGUUUUGCCUGCUAUCUGUCACAUCCUAUUUUCAUCAUCAUCUAUAUAGGCCUGCAAGAGACUCCGAUCCACUACACAGACUUAAACUUUAUGUACAUGUUCCUUGGCCAUGUGGUGCUGACGCUGGUGGUGAGCUACGUGCUGACUGUGCUGAUUGAGAAGCCCUUCCUCCUAAAAUACAGCCGUACAUAGAUGCAUGUCAGAACACAAUAGAGAACCUUCAUCCAGUCGUUAUACCUUCAUUUCUAUACUCUGUUUGUUUGUGCCUUAUGAGUUGUGCCAGUUUCCCUGUGUAAAUAUGCUUCCUGGUUAAUAAACUUAAUGUACGUGUUUGAUAUAGAAAAAAAAAACGUACCAGAAAACACAAAAACAAGGUGAGCCUGUGAUUGAUUCCACUAAAAUCCACAUUUGCACAAACCUUCAGAUUGAUAUAUGUUUAAAUAUAUUGAAAAUAGAUUUUAGUUUUCAAUCAAACAUACAACCAAUAACGCGUAUGUAACAUUUUAUUUGUUAUAUCAAUAUAUCAUUACAUAUGCUAUUUGGGCCUUAUUCAUUAUUAACCACAGUCCUGUAUUACCAUCUAUAGCUUUAAACCUGUUUAAAUUUUAUAAGAUAAUUAUCAAAUUAAUUGACCAAAAGUUUUCUGUCAGGUCUCCCACUCUUUGGAACAACUUCCCAGAGGAGCAUCUCUCUUAAAGACACAUUUUUAUACGUGUGUAUCCUUCUAAUACUGAUCCUACAAACUACUGUUUUUACUCUUUUCUCAUCAGUAACACUUUUUAAAGUAUUUGUGCUCUAAUGCUGUGUGUUCUUCAAACUGCUCUUAAUCAUUUCUUAUUGUUUGCCUUCAAUUUUUCAUUUUUAACUUGUAAAACAUCUUGUAACUGUGUUUUGCAAUGUAUUAUUUAAAUAAAGUGUAUGAUUAUGAUUAUGA